AUUUCCUGUCAGCAGGGGCCUGGGCAAGCCACCCGGCCGCCCGCAUCUGAAUGAAAUGUCACGCUCUGGUCACACUCGCCAUGGUGAAAUGAGGGAGAUUGGGCAUCCUCGGUUGGCCCUGAGCAGGGAGGUGAUGCUUUGCUCUUGUCUCUCCGACAUUGGCAGGGUGAUGCCAGCUUGAUCCAGAGCCAUGUCCAGGUACUUGAAGCACUUCACGGUGGUGGGGGAUGACCCCGUGCAGUGGAGCAACGACUAUCAGAAAUGGGAGGAUGAGGAGGAUGAGGCUGGGGAGAAGCAGCCGGAUUCAGAGAUCAAGCUGGAGCCCACCAGGAGCCACAUCUCCUUCAAGGACAUGAUGAAAAAGCUCUUCAGCUCCCGCAAGUUUCAGAUCGUGGUUGUCUGCUUGGUAAUCCUGGAUGCCUUGUUGGUCCUCGGUGAAUUGCUAAUGGACUUGAAAAUCAUCCAUCCGGACAAAUAUAAUAUAACCCCAAAGGUUUUCCACUACCUCUCCCUUUCCAUUUUAACCAUCUUCCUGGUUGAGAUGGGGUUUAAAGUCUUCGUCUACCGCUGGGAGUUCUUCCACCACAAGUUUGAAGUGCUGGAUGGGAUUGUUGUCAUCGUGUCAUUCAUCCUUGACAUCAUCCUCAUCUUCCGGGAACAUGAGUUUGAAGCUGUCGGGCUCCUGAUACUCCUGCGGCUGUGGCGUGUGGCCAGGAUUAUCAACGGAAUAAUUUUAUCGGUAAAGACCCGCUCUGAACAACAAGUGUCCAAGCUAAAGCAAGCAAACCUGAAACUUGCAACGAAAGUGGAACAACUGGAACACAGCUGUGUAGAGAAGCGUGAGAUACAUUCCAGCAGUGGGAAGAUCUGUGGGAACCUGGGAAACUAUUUUAAGGAUUCUUGCUAUCUUAUUCUAAGAUGGCAGAAGAGCACCAAGAAGAAACACUGAUUCUGUUACUUCACUCUUUCAACCUGGCCUCUUGUGCUUCAUCCCAUCUGAAGACCAAGACUCUAAACUGCGGCUAGAGCUCAUUUUGUACCUCACAUGUUGUCCUGAUCCUAACUG